AUGCAUGUCCUUCCUGUCUUGUGUUCCCUUCUUGUGUCAGCACUUGCUGAAGACGUACCCCCUCAGUUCGAUGACGGGCAGCUCACUGGCAAUGGCUUUGGUAUACCCGGUAUCAAUGCCACCUAUGACUAUGUCAUCGUUGGUGGUGGGACAGCAGGCGCUCUCGCAGCGGCGCGUCUAACUGAGCAUAGCAACGCUACAGUUGCUUUAGUUGAGGCGGGAGGUUUUUAUGAACUGAGUAACGGCAACGUCAGUCAGUUGCCAUUCAGGAUCAAUGACUGGAAAGGUUCUGGUGGUCCAUCAAGUUGGCAACCGCUCAUUGAUUGGGGCUACUUUACUCAACCUCAAAACAAUGGAAAGAAGAUUCACUAUGCACAGGGUAGAACCUUUGGCGGCAGCAGUGCCAGAAACCUGAUGAUGUUCAACCGCCCUACCAAAGGAGCUUACAAGCACUGGGCUGAAAAGGUCGGCGAUGAUGCCUACACAUGGGAGAAUAUGCUCAAGUUCAACCAGAGAACUAUGAAGUUCUCAGACAACAGCCAGCAUCGUCCUCAGAAUGCAACGCCCCUGUAUGACACUGCCGCUUUCUCAAAGGAAGGGGGCCCUCUACACCUCACCUUUCCAGGCUAUGUCUUUCCAGUCUCGUGGGAUGCCAUCAAAGCUUUUGAAGCACUGGGAUUCAAAGAGAUUCCGAGCUUCACUGCUGGUGUCUUGCAAGGCUGGGGUUGGUGGCAAUUCUCCAUCAACCCUGAGACUGGCCUCCGUGAUUCUUCUGAGAGUUCAUUUCUGCAGCAAAGUCUUGGCCGUCCAGGUCUGACAACAUACAUCAAUACCAUGGCUCGCAAGAUUCUAUUCUCCGGUACCAAGGCCAUCGGUGUCACCGUUGAUAACUAUGGCCAGCAAUCCUUCAAUCUAACAGCCCGAAAGGAAGUCAUCGUUGCUGCCGGGCUCUGGAGCAGUCCUCAAUUACUCAUGGUUUCUGGCAUCGGGCCUGAAGAGACACUCAAGAAGUUUGACAUCCCAGUUUUGUCAAAUUUACAGGGAGUCGGCCAGGGCACCCAUGAUUCAGCUGCUGUUCAUGGGCCUAUCUGGGAGAUUGAAGGCAUUUCAACGGGUGGUUGGAAACAACCAUCCAAGAUGAGAGAGGCCAUCACUGAGUUCAACCAACACAAGCAGGGACCUCUGACCAACGGAGGCGUUGACGUUGGGGCAUUUGAGAAGGUUCCUCUGGCAAAUCUUAGCAAGAGAGCCCAAGAGGACCUUGCUCAAUACCCAGAAGACUGGCCUGAAGUAGAAUUCAUCAUGCAAAUGGUAGAUCCUCCAGCCGGCGCAACAGGAAAGAACUAUGCCGCCAUGACUAUCAGAAUGGUUGGGACUGUGAGCCGUGGCAACAUGACCAUCUCAUCUGCGAGCAACCUUGACCCUCCCAUAAUUGAUCCAAACUGGCUACGCGCAGACACAGACAAAGAGGUUGCUCUUUACGCCCUCAGGAGAGCUCGUCAGCUUUGGGAGCAUAUUCCUUCUCGCAUCGGAAAAGAGAUAUACCCUGGUGCCAAUAUCACUAGUGAUGAGCAUUUACUGGAUCUAACAUACGACAACCUGGAUCCUACCCAUCACGGCACUGCUUCUUGUAACAUGGGGAAAGCUGGUGACUCGUCAGCAGUGGUUGACUCCAAAGGUCGCGUUUUUGGCAUUAAGAACUUACGCAUUAUCGAUUCUUCUACAAUGCCACUAACACCACCUGGACAUACAAUGGGUCCGACGUAUGGCAAUGCUGAGAAAUUGGUACAAGAUAUCUUGAAUGCCUAUCAUGGUUUAGAGUACCAGACCCGAUUAGUGGAUGUGCAGGGUGGACGGCCGUGCAAAGUUCCACGCAUAUACACCGCCAUUUACUCCACAUUAUUGCAACAUGUUCGUGCAGCUAUCGCAACACAAGAUCGGCACCUAAAAGGCAACCUUAUGGCAGAAUCAGAGAAGCAGGAACGGUCUCAAGAUGGACCCAUUCUACGAAGCAGUUUUCAGCAAGACGAAAACUCUGCUGAACAAGCUUCUCAUUCAACUGACCAGACCGUGUCAGAUAUGGCGAUUGGUGAUGAUCAUAGGAAGAAGCUAGGCGUGCUUUGGGGUUCAGCAUUGUUGCAGCUCCCACUUUGGGGCUUCAACCUCAGUUACGGUAUCUUUGAAGAGUACUGGACAAGCAACUGGACUCUCGACGGUGAUCUCUCUAUCACUGGCACAGUUGGCACUACCUCUAACGGUGUCAUGUAUAUCUCCAUGCCGUUCCUGUUUGCCAUAUUCACCCGCUACUGGGCCCAUCACCGGCUCAAAGCAGAGCUUGUAGGCCUUGUCAUAGCAUUCCUCGGGUUCAUACUCUCCUCUUUCAGUACCCAUGUGUGGCAUCUCAUGGUGACACAAGGCGUCAUGGCUGCUUUUGGGUGUACCCUCGUUUAUAGUCCAGCAACAUGUUCCCUCGGUGAGUGGUACGCCACUGGCAACCGAGCCAUUGCAUAUGGUAUCAUUCUAUCCUGUAGAAAUAUUGUUGGUUCGGCCUGUCCUUUUCUUCUCCGGUAUCUUCUCGAUCAAUACGGCUUUCGGUGGACAAUUCGCAUAUGGGCCUUCAUCUUGGCUGGUUCAGGUCUUCUGUCCAUUUUUCUCGUGCCAACUCAUCCCUCGAAGCUUUUGGCUCGAGAGGGAAAACCUCCUCGCAUACCAUGGACAUUCUUGAAGCACCGUGGCAUUUACACCUACUUCAUUGCAGUUAUGGUCCAAAGUUCGGGAUACUGUCUGCCGCAGACAUAUCUCCCAACGUUUGCCCGAGAGUUCAACGGUGCCAGUCAAGCAAUUUCUACUCUCUUGCUUACAUUGCACAAUAUUCCAGGCAUCCUCUCGUGCUUCUUCUUUGGUUGGCUUACUGACAAUAAGUACCAUCAAUUCUCAGCUACUACUAUUACCUGCCUCUCAGCAUUCGCAUCGUCUGCCUCUGUGCUCUUGCUUUGGGGUUUAUCUGUGGACGGAAGCCCUGCCCUUACUCUCGUAUUUGCUAUCGUCUUUGGCUUCUUUGCUGGUGGUUACAGUGCGACAUGGGGAGGCAUUACCAAGGAGCUAGAAGGUGAGGCAGAGGAACACAAUGAGACUAUUGACUCUAGUCUUACAUAUGGACUCCUCAACGGAGCUCGAGGCAUUGGGUUCGUAAGUGGUGGCCUUGUGAGCAUCCCACUACUGAGUGCUGGGGAUACAGGAUGGGGAGGAAGAUUUGGCUACGGAACCAAGUAUGGCCCGCUCAUGGUGUUUACUGGUAUUGCGGUUGCUUUUGGUGGCCUGGGAUUGAUACGGACUGCGAGAGUGCUAUCGAACAAGUCUUCAACAUCGGGUUAAGUCUAGGACUGCAUGUUCAGUAUACUGAGUGGAUAUUGUAGUAACCAACAAUUUAUCGUGCAU